UAAUCCAGCCAGAGACAAGUGAGUAUUACAGAAUCGAAAACUUGGCGUGGAGUUUCAGCCAUUCCCCGUUGCUAGAGUUCUUAUAGGAUAAUGUUCUUCGACUCGCAUUCUCGUAACUUUUAAAACCUCUUCCUGAUAACCUGUAGCUCGAGCGAAUUUAAUCACUGUGGAUCUCUUCCCGGCGAUUACUUUUUAAAAGGAACAUAUAAGGAUUUGCAAUGGACUAUUAACAACGUAUUUGUGAUUUUGUUGAAUGGAAGAUGGUCAUUAAUAUUACAAUUGCGGGUGAAUGAAUGAGAUCUACUUUUGAUCCUCAACUACAUAGGGUGUGUGGAUAUUAAUCACUAACUCAAACUAUUCACAGUUCGGUUAUUUUUUUUAUAAUAAAAUAUAUAAAUGUUUAUCUGAAAUGAAAUUUGAGAAAUGUCGGUGACACGAUUUUCGACCAGGGAGGAAAAUUAAGAGCAGUUUUUACAAAUGUCAUGUUUGAGUUUUGCAAGUUAUAAAAGUAAUAUAUCUGUGAGCUGUCAUUGUGUUCGACCAAGAGUUAAUUUGGUAAAUUGCUAGUGAGAAUGUUACUCAUACCAUCAUUAUCACAGUUAACAAUCCAUUUAUCAUAGGUGAUAAUUACACAGGACAAACUUGCUCUCUAUUAUUUCACCCUCUUAUCGCUAGCAGCACAUCGGAAAACUGUGUUAAAACUUUCAAAACUUUUCGAGCGUGUUUUUUUUCUAUCGUGGAUGUACACUACUGUCUUAUAUUACAAAUAUCAGUGCGGUAACGUGGAAAACAGUGAAUUUUUUUAAGAAAAAAAAGAAUAAUGUAUAAAACUUUUAUAUCCAAAUAAAUCUAUACGGUGAUUUAAGAAAUUUUAGAAAUUAAGAAUGGAGAAAGGUGAAAAGGAAACGCUAGAAUUAAAUGAUUAUUACAAUCACCAGAACACACCCAACUCUAAUGAUGCAGCAAGCAUCCCGAAAACCAUAGAAACAAAAGUCACCGAAGAACCGCCGAGAGAAUCAUGGAGCGGAAAAACAGAGUUUGUUCUGUCAUGUGUUGGACAAUGUAUUGGAAUGGGAAAUGUCUGGCGGUUUCCUUAUCUUUGUUACAGGAAUGGCGGAGGUGCUUUCUUAAUCCCGUAUUUUCUGACAGUGGUGUUUGUUGGUAUUCCUAUGUAUUUCAUGGAACUAGCCCUCGGUCAGUGGUCAAGUGUCGGUGGUCUUAGUGUGUGGAAAAUUUGUCCGAUAUUUAAAGGCGUCGGAUUUGCUGCUACAAUGGCUGCCUUUUGGUUGAAUACUUACUACAUAGUUGUUCUAGCAUGGACUUUGUUCUAUCUAUUUAGUUCAUUUACUGCUACUUUACCUUGGUCCACGUGUGAAAAUCCAUGGAACUCGCCACAGUGUUUGUCUGAAUAUGAACGAUUCAAGUUUCCUUACACAUGCUCAAAUGAUUCAUACUCAUUUGAGACUAACAUUACAUCAGCGGAAAACCUCACAAGUAUUACCGAAUUUACGAAUCGGGGUUUCAAAUGUGUCCAGUUGUAUGAAAGCGAACAGUUUAUUUCUCCUGUCAAAGAGUUCUGGGAACGUAACGUGUUGCAAAUAAGUUCUGGCAUUGACGAACCUGGUGAUGUCCGAUGGCAGUUGGCACUGACCUUGUUAACUGUGUGGAUCCUGUGUUAUUUCUGUAUUUGGAAAGGAGUACAGUGGACGGGCAAGGUUGUGUACGUAACAGCUCUAUUUCCUUACUUUUUACUAUUCUGUUUGUUAAUACGAGGUGUCACAUUACCAGGUGCACUGGAGGGAAUCAAAUUCUACAUUGUACCAGAUAUGUCCAGACUUUUAGAUUCGAAGUGUUGGUUGGAUGCAGCGUCACAAGUGCUAUUUUCCUAUGGCUUAGGUUUGGGUUCUCUAAUUGCACUAGGAAGCUAUAAUAAAUACCAUAAUAAUAUAUACAAGGACGCUGUUUUUAUUUCUAUAUUAAACAGUUGUACAAGUAUUUUUGCUGGUUUUGUUAUUUUCUCUGUGGUUGGAUUCAUGGCCCAGGAACAGGGUAAACCUGUUAGUUCGGUUGCUGCUAGUGGACCAGGGUUGGCUUUCCUUGCUUACCCAUCAGCCGUAAUUCAGCUGCCCAUUUCACCAUUAUGGGCAAUUUGCUUCUUCUUGAUGAUGUUAAUGCUGGGCUUGGACAGUCAGUUUGUAACUAUGGAAGGAUUUUUCACAGCUAUAAUAGACGAAUUUCCACGUAUUCUGAGACCCUAUAGAGAAAUAUUUAUAGCUUCUGUCUGUUUUCUUUCCUACUUGAUUGGUUUGUCAAUGGUGACACACGGUGGAAUGUACAUGUUUCAAAUAUUUGAUAACUAUGCUGCCAGUGGUAUCUGUUUGUUACUUCUGAUAUUUUUCGAGUGUAUAGCCGUUUCCUGGGGUUACGGUGUAAAUCGUUUCUAUGAGAAUCUGAAAGAUAUGUUUGGCUUUUAUCCAUCUUAUUUUUGGAAGAUUUGUUGGGUGGUUACAACACCGGCCAUUUGUUUUGGCGUCGCUGUAGCCCGAAUUGUUACAUUUAAACCGUUUACCUACGAUUCCUAUGAAUUUCCUACAUGGGCACAUUGUUUUGGUGGUGUUCUAGCAUUUUCAUCCAUUGGCAUCAUACCUAUCUUUAUGAUUAUCACGUUUUUUACAACUGGGGGCUCUUUUAGUCGACGAGUAAAAGUUUUGUUUAGGCCAGAUUUGCCCGCUACAAGAAAUACUCCUGGCCCACCUCCACCUUAUUCCGUAAUUCCUCCAUUUAGUACUCCAGAUGGCGUAGCGAGAGUAUAGACCAGGAAGUGACAAAUCGGUCGUAUUUGAUGUUUAGUUUAGACUUUAAUUACACACGUGGGUGUAUUAUUUCCAUUGUAUUCAAAUUGAGUGGAAUUUUAGCCAAAAAGGCUGGAGAAACAGUAAAACGUAUUGAUGAAAAGAAAGCUAAAUCAAGAAACUGUCGUUGCAGAUUGUAUGCUACCACUGAAGAAAUGGUUAACGUUCUGCUACUUCUGUACAGAUUUGUGCAUUAUAUUUGCUUUUUUUUUUUAAUUUUUACGACAAAAAUAUUUGAAUAUGUAACGGCUGUAUUUCUUUUCAAAUGUGUAUGGUAAACAGAUUUGUGCAUUAUAUUUGCUUUUUUGGUAAUUUUUACGACAAAAAUAUUUGAAUUUAUAACGGCUGUAUUUCUUUUAAAUGUAUAUUGUGAACAAUCGUAAUCUAUUAAAUGUAUGUAAAUUAGAAUCAAGCUGGAAAUAUACGCUAUCCCAGAUUUGACAAUGUUUUCAUUUUUAUACUCAACGUUUGUUGAUAUUUAUGUAUUUGUAUAUUGUUAUUUACCAUUAUUUAUAUAUCAGUUUCCACACUAAUUAUUCACCAAUGGUCAAUCGAACUACGUCGGAGUUUUCAUGUGUGCAAUGCCUUUUCAAUAAUGGCGUAUUGCAAUUCAGAUCACAUAAUUAAAAUAUUGUCUGUGGCUCGGUGAUAACUUAUUACCCAGACCUAUUAAUAUCCACGCACAUAACUCUCAACAAAUUGCUCCGUUUGAAAUUUUAACUAAGUUGCAGACGAUUCUGCGAGUAAUGUUUAACGGAAUUCCCAAGAAUACCAUGACAAGGGCGUGUCCAGCAACGGGGGUCUGGCAUGGAGACAGUGUAAACUUGUGCGCGAGGUUUUGGUGAUUGCACGAUAAUUUUCUAAACCAGAAGCUCCGGGACAAUAUUUCUGCUCAUUUAGGUACUUUUGUCGAGCUAAAAAUUGAGAUUAGGCAGGAAUUUUAUUAAGGGUUAGGAAUUUUCAGUCCCGUCUUCACCAUUGAGCUUUUCUAUUUGAAGUAUUAUCUUAUUUAUACCUGUAAUAUUAUUUGUUGAUGUAUAUGAUUAUACUAAUUAUGAUUAUUAAGAUUAUUACAACAUGUAAAUGUUUUGACAGUGUACAACUUUCAAAUGUUAUAGAAUAGGGUUAUCUAUGUUAGUUAUAGUUUGCUCAGUCUUGUAGAAAAUAAAACUACUACAUUUAAAUAAGGACAUUCCUUUCAUUAAGAUCCAACCUGGAAUUGGUAGUGAUGGCAAGAAUAAUUUUUCCAGU